GCAGACGUCACAGUUUGUGCAAGGGAGUAUAGGCUGUGUUGUCAGCCUAGUGUCAGUCUGAUGAAGAUUGGCAUUCAGACUUUGUGUGGAGGACCGGACACUAAGGCGUGGAAGAGCAGACGACAACAACAUUGACUGCUGCUGUGUUGCCGAGGGCAAACUAACUGUCUCCAUGUGAAUCUGUCCCAUGAUGCAACAUGUGUCCCCAGCACUAACAAUGAUGGCCACUCAGAGCGUUCCUCCACCAUCGUACCAGGAGAGCCAACAGAUGACGGGCACCACCCAACAGAACUCCAAGGCCCAACAGGUCCACAUCUCAGCAUCCUCAGAAACUGGAAAUACCCCCAUCAAUGUGACCCUUGACCCCCAGGCCCAGCUGGAGUCAGAUAAGCGGGCCGUUUACAGACAUCCCCUAUUCCCACUGCUGGCCCUGCUGUUUGAGAAGUGUGAGCAGGCCACCCAGGGCUCUGAGUGCAUCACCUCUGCCAGCUUCGAUGUGGACAUCGAGAACUUUGUGCAUCAGCAGGAGCAGGACCACAAGCCAUUCUUCAGCGAGGACCCCGACCUGGACAACCUGAUGGUGAAGGCCAUCCAGGUGCUGAGGAUCCACCUUCUGGAGCUGGAGAAGGUCAAUGAGCUCUGCAAGGACUUCUGCAACCGCUACAUCACCUGCCUCAAGACCAAGAUGCACAGCGACAACCUGCUUCGCAAUGACCUGGGCGGGCCCUACUCGCCCUCGCACACCUCGCUCAGCCUGCAGCAGGACCUCCUCCAGACAUCCUCUCCGUCCAUGACAUCAGUCUCCAGCUCCGUCAACUCCUCGGGCAUCAUGAUGCCCACCGGGACCCUGCAACAGGGUAACAUUGCCAUGACUACCAUCAACUCCCAGGUGGUGUCAGGUGGCACCUUGUAUCAGCCGGUUGCCAUGGUGACGUCGCAAGGGCAGGUGUUAACCCAGGGACUCUCCCAGGGGACCAUCCAGAUCCAGAAUUCACAGGUAAACCUGGACUUGGCUUCACUCUUGGACAGUGAUGACAAGAAGCACAAGAACAAGAGAGGGGUCCUGCCCAAGCACGCCACCAACAUCAUGCGCUCCUGGCUCUUCCAGCAUCUCAUGCAUCCUUACCCAACAGAGGACGAGAAAAGACAGAUUGCAGGACAAACAAAUCUGACCUUAUUACAGGUCAACAACUGGUUUAUCAACGCUCGCAGGCGCAUCCUCCAGCCCAUGCUGGAUGCCAGUAACCCAGACCCAGCUCCCAAGGCUAAGAAGAUGAAGUCCCAACACCGUCCAACCCAGCGCUUCUGGCCAGACUCCAUUGUUGCUGGCGUCUUGCAGACACAUGGACCUCACUCUAACAACGCUGACAACCCCUUAGGUUUGGACAGCCUCCAGCCCCUGUCCUCUGACUCAGCCACCCUGGCCAUGCAGCAAGCAAUGCUGGGUGGAACCGACGACUCCAUGGAUGGCACAGAGGAAGAAGAGGAGGAGGAGGAGGAGGAGGAGGAAGAGGAAGUUAUGGAGGAGGAAGAGGAAGAUGAGGAGGAGGAAGAGAGCGAGGGAGGGAGACGUAUAUCUGGCGGCGGAGGAAGGAGAGAUCUGGGCAUGGAGCAUAGAGAGGGGCUAGAAAUGGACACCAUGCCUCUGUGGACUAUUAAAUUUAAACAGUUUAUUUAUCAGAUUGGAUAUCAAGACUAUAAUAGUAGUGGAACUCCUGGUUCCACUCCAACCCAGGAACUCCUGGUUGCCAGUUGGGACCGGACCCCGCCCCAUGCUAAAAUCCUUCAUGCUCUAGGGCUCAGUGCUAUAAAGUCUCAGUGGACUCUGCUUGCCAGUCUGGAUUUAAUCCGGCCCAUCCAACAACGAAAAACCUUCUCUACUAGUGUAAAACUCAGUUCUCCCAGGUCUCAGUGGACUCAGUUGGGAGUAAAUCCAACAUUUCCCUGUACAUCUCUAGGCGUCAAGAUGUCCAUCGCUAAUGCAGCCGCGCAGGCCAUGCUGUCGGAUGCCUUGCUCCGGGACGGCGCCGGGGGCAGCCAUAUCGGUCACCUGGAGCUGGAGCUGCCGCUCGACAGGGUCAUCAAGUUUGUGUCCGUGGGGCUGCCCUUGCUGCUGGUGUCCAUGGCCUUCGCUCGCGAAAUCUCCAUCGGCCCACAGAUCAGCUGUUUCCCACCUAACAACUUCACAGCCAGGCAGGCAGCCUAUGUUGACACGUACUGCUGGGACUCCCUGAUGCACCAUGAGUUUGACACAGAUGGAAAGUUCGAGGAGCGAUCCCUCUGGGUGCACAAGAUUUUCCCUUACUCUCUGUUGGCUAUGACCAUGAUGAUGUACCUGCCUGCCCUCAUCUGGCGUUUCCUCGUGAUGCCAUCGCUGGGCUCUGACCUGCUCUUCAUCAUUGAUGAGCUGGACAAGUCCUACAACCGCUCCAUACGAUUGGCUCAGAGCAUCCUGGAGAUGCGACAGAACACCCAGAACCCCCUCACAUUCCAAGCCGAGCUUGAGAGGGCCAAGAGGAAGCGCUACUUCGAGUACCCCCUGUUGGAGAGGUACAUGCAGAGCAAGCAGAGCUCCUACUUCCUGGUCAGCAUGCUCUUUCUCCGCGGCUUCCUGUUGCUCACCUUCAUGUCGGCCGCCUGCCUCUACCUCGUCUAUUUCCACCUGUCCGCCUUCCUCCGGGACGAGUUCAGCUGCUUCGUCCACACAGGCCUGCUGCGUGACCAAAACUGGGUUCCCGAGCUGGUCCAGUGCAAGAUGACCGGCCAACUGGUCUUCCAGGUGAUUAGCGUGGCUAACGGCGCUAUCUAUGUCCUGCUGGUGCCUAUCGUGCUGUUCAGCUUGGUCCGCCUCUUCUGCUGGGAUACGGCUCUAUUGUCGGUGUAUGAGGUUCUCCCCGCAUUGGGCCUCAACAGCGGUCACAAACUGGGCUGCCCGCUCAACGACCUCAACGUUCUUUUACUGUUUCUGCGCGCUAACGUGGUGCACCUGCAAUCUUAUGGCAGACUGAGGGCUAUAUGCUCGCUGGCACCCCCGCAGAUCGGGAAGGGGAAUGGCAUGAAGGGUGUGAGGAUGCUGACGGAGGAGGAGAUUGAGGAGAGGGCCGAGAGGGCGCAGGAGUUGGAGGAGGACGUGGAGGAGCUGCAGGAGGAAGGGAAGCUCAACCUGGUGGACAUCAUGACCAUCUUAGGAGCGGCCCGGGGAAACGCUGUCAACUGCACAGAGUCCAGGCCACUGGUGGAGGAGAAUAUGAGUCUGGAGCCAAACCACCAGGGGUACCAUGAGUUGAAGGAGACUGGACCAUGUAAAAAUGACUAAAUCACCAAUGGACAUCAAUGUGACACCAAUCAAUGUGGAUGAAGGAAAAAUAUACUGAACAAAAAUAUUAACGCAACAUGCAACAAUUUCAAAGAUUGUACUGAGUUACAGUUCAUAUAAGGAAAUCAGUCAAUUUAAAUUUGCUUCAGGCCCUAAUCUAUGGAUUUCAAAUGACUGGGCAGGUGUGCAGCCAUGGGUUAGCCAGGCCCAGCUAAUCCGAAUUUGUUUUCCCCCCAAAAAAGGGCUUUAUUACUGACAUAAAACCCCUCAGUUUCAUCAGCUGUCUGGUUGGCUGGUCUCAGACAAUUCCGCAGGUGAAGAAGCCGGAUGUGGUGGUCCUGGGCUGGAGUGGUUACAUGUGAUCUGCAGUUGUAAGGCCGGUUGGAAUUACUGCCAAAGGAUCCCUUGUUGUACAAUGGGUAACAAGCUAAAUAUGGAUGGCAAUAGGGGUUCUUUGUCAAACUGUCGCCCAGUGGUAGAAGGAACAUGCUUUGUUGCUGUCUGUGUUCCCUUGUAACCUGACGGUCUUGUAGUACAUAGUCCAUUUUGGACACAGCAUGUCCCCAGCUAUCUCAGUGUCACGUACACACGCACAAACGCACGCACGCACAUCAUGUAACAUGUAACCCAUCCAUGUACAGUUAUCUGUAAUACCAUAACACUGCAUGCCCAGUCAGCAACUGGAUGGUUGGAUUGACUUAUUUGGUUGGAUGGUUACAUGUUACAUGUUGGAUUGGUUGGAUUGACUUAUAAGGCCGGUUGGAAUUACUGCCAAAUUCUCUAAAACAAUGUUGGAGGCGGCUUAUGGUAGAGAAAAUAGCAUUUAAUUCUCUGGCAACAGCUCUGGUGGACAUUCCUGCAGUCAGCAUGUCAAUUACAUGCUCCUUCAAAACUUGAGACAUCUGUGACGUGUUGUGUGACGAAAUUGCAUUUUAGAGUGGCUUUUUGUUGUGUAAUAAUCAUGCUGUUUAAUCAGCUUCAUGAUAUGCCACACCUGUCAGGUGAAUGGAUUAUAUAGGCAACUUUAUGGAUAUGCUAUGUACUGUACUUGUUAGAUUUUGUGAUUUGUCAAAAGGUAAAGUUCUAUCUGUGAAACGUCUACAGGUAACAUUUGAUAUGCUCUAUGUCAGAUACAAAUGUAAUGAAUAAAGUUAUUUUUAUGACUGUUGUGUUAAACAGCU